AUGGCCAUCUCCAAUGUCGGUUCGCUCGUUCUCAAUCUCAUUAUCUUCCUCACCACACUGGUCAAUUUCAACAACACGCUCACCGGUCUGGACUCGAGCACAAUCUUCGUGCUCCGGUUGACCGAUGUCCCCAUUGCAAACGGAUACGAAUCUCCACGACCUCAAUUUUUGACAAACGGUGACAACAUAAAUCUCAACGGCAGCCAUGCCAAUUUAGAUGGGGACAGUAGAUAUAGAGGACAUGGGGAAGGGAAUAUCAGUGGUCAAGUCCAAGGAAACGAUGCGCAGGCUCUACAAGAUGAUACGAGCCUGACGGAGCUGGGGCAGCAAAGUGAUGAAGAGGCUACCAAGAAGAAAUAUGGAAUUAGAGAUCGCAUUGGCUGUUUUACAUGGACGUGGUUCACAAUGACGAUGGCCACCGGUGGGAUAGCAAAUGUUCUUCACACGAUCCCUUACAGAUCCGAAUGGCUCCGUGUACUUGGCGUGAUCGUGUUUCUUUUUAAUAUUAUACUCUUCUUAUUCAUUUGUUCCCUUAUCAGUCUCCGAUUCCGCUGGAAUCCUGGCUCGUUUCGAAGCUCGUUCAUAAGUCCAUCAGAAUGUCUGUUCAUACCGGCUUGUGUAGUAUCCGUUGGAACCAUCCUUAUCAACAUGGCUCAAUACGGAUUGCCUCGUACAGGGCCGUGGUUUCAUACAGUAAUGCAAGUCUGCUUCUGGGGUUACGCUUCUAUCAGCUUUAUUGCUAGUUCUGGCAUGUACUUAAUAAUCUGGUCAACACAGGAAUUUCCGAUACAUACCAUGACUCCCAUAUGGAUUUUUCCAGCUUAUCCGGCCCUCUUACUUGCUCCACUGGCUUCGAACAUUAUAUCCUCUCUCCCCGAUGAUGCAUCCGCAGAGCGAAUUAACUCGAUUGCCAUUGCUUAUGGUGCAGUGUGUGUUCAAGGUACUGGCUUUAUGGUCAGCCUGAUGAUAUAUAGUGCAUUUAUUUACCGACUUAUGACGCAGAAGCUUCCUCGAGAGAAUCGUCGCCCUGGAAUGUUCGUCUCCGUCGGACCAAGUGGCUUCACAGUUUCGGGCCUUGUCAAUCUUGGGUUGGUUGUGAAUCGAAUUUUCCCAGAGAGCUACAUGGGGCAUUCGGGUGGUGCAAGGUUAAUCUUCCGUAUUUUUUCGCUCAUGGCGGGACUCUGGAUUUACGGCUUGUGCAUUUGGUUCUUCCUUGUCAGUAUUGGGGCACACUUGCAGGUUAUGAAGCCAAAUGAUGCGGAACACCAUAUCCAUUUCGAUAUGACUUGGUAUUCCUUCGUUUUCCCUAAUACGGCUUUGAUCACGGCUACCUUUGCGGUCGGCGAAUCCCUGAAUUCUCAUGCUAUUAGGAUCAUUGGGACUGUCUUGUCCGGCUUGCUAGUGUGUCUCUGGAUUUUUAUAUUCUAUAUGAUGAUACGAGCCCUGGUUUUCAAGAAGAUUCUAUGGCCUGGCAGACUUGACGGCUCCGAAAUUUCAUGGAGAAAGUGGAUUUCUGGUGGCCUAGCUGUGACGGAAGAAAAGACCUCGAGAGGCAGUGACAAUACUAACGUAUAA